AUCAUGUUGGACCCUCCUCCUCAGCAAUUAUUUCUGCUGAGCUCCGUGUUGUGUCCGGAAGGCGGCAUCCUUAGUGGCACUUCACAACAUGUGAAGCCGCAUAUCGCACAGGACGAUUUAGUCAUAGCAAUUGCAAUAGGGCAAAACAUUUGUGUCACUACAAAGCGCCGAAGUGAUGUCUCCCGGGGUCAAAGCCUGAUUCUGUGGUAGCUUCAGCCUCACAAUUAUUGACCUGGCAACCGCGAGCUAUGCUUAUGGUCUUCUACUGGCAUCGAAACAAUAGGCAGGAUACAUGCUUACAUCAACAGACUGAACAUGGCCUUCCGACCCCUCCAUGCAAGCCAUGGCCCUCCAUCUCCCAUUCCUGACGUCGCACACUGGAUACGCUCGCUUGCCCCAGUCCGAUCUCGAAACGGCAGAGGACGCCACUCCGCUGUUGGAGCCGGACAACGCUAGUUCAGAGCAGACGGUCCACGCGGAGCCGACAUCACACACGAAGAGAACGUCCCGGUCGGAGCGCGCCGCACGUUCGCACAGAGCAUCGCACACCAUCCGAACACAGCGUACACAGCGGACCGGCUUGACCGCUCAGCUCGAAAGAGAGCUGGACGCCCUUGAAGGGCGCAUUCCCGAAGAGCCGUCGACGCGCCUCGAGAAGAUCGGCAAACUGGUCUCCAGUUACAUCUUCUCCUGCAUUCUCUUCGCCGCAGCCUGCACCGUAUACGCCAGCGCCUCCACCUACGCGAGCUGGUACUUCCUCCAGACGAACGAACCCUAUACCAGCAACUUCAGCAUCGUCUACGCCGGCAUGCUUGGCGCGACCAUCCUGUCCUUGAUGUUUACCACUGUCAUGUGGUGUUACGCCGAGCUCGAGGAGAUAUACGAGAGAGCCCAUGGGAUAUACGAGCCCCCGAGCGAGCUCCCGGAGUGGUGGACGUGGCAGCGCGAGACGUACGUGCCUCCGCCACCGAAGCUCGCCCGCCGUUACGCGGGCUCCGUCACCGCUUUUUGUACGAUCUCCGGGUUGCUUAUGGGCGGGCUCGUGGGACCUGUGUUCGGAACGGUCAUACGGCGAGGUAUCGUGACUAGCGCGAUGACUGCGUCUGCGGCGCUGGGAUGUGGCGCGGCCGGUACAGGGCUUGUCAUUGGCGGUAUACUCGUCUGCCUGUCCUGUACCUAUGGGAUGAAGCUCUGUAAUGGGGGAAGGGACGCCGAGUGUUGAUACGUGUUGAGGUUUGGUCUACUGCUGGGUCUAUGCGCGCCCGCGAGAUGGGGAGAGGAUACCCAAGUGGUUAUGGACUUGUAUAGCCAAGAACAGUGGGCCGUACCUAUGAUAGCUACCUAGUACAGACCUACAUAGUGCGCCUCCGUCAAUUUAUCUAUGGUCAUGAGUUUCACAUGUG